AUUUCCCCAUCCCGCAUGAGCUCUGAGGAGGCCGAGAUGCUGCCGCCGGCGGCAGUGGCGGCGCUGCCGCUGGACGACGACAACCUGCUCUCCGAGAUCCUCCUCCGCCUCCCGCCGCUCCCGUCAUCCCUCCCGCGCGCCUCCGCCGUCUGCAGGCGCUGGCGCAGCCUCGCCUCCGACCCAGCCUUCUCCCGCCGCUUCCGCCUCCACCACCGCCGCAACCCUCCCCUCCUCGGUUGCUUCUACGGAGAUUAUCACCAGAUCCACUUCGAGCCUACUCUGGAGCCCCCCAAUCGCGUCCCACCCAGGCGCCUUUCCUUGCAGGCCGACGUCGGCGACCGCUUCUGGCCCCUCGGGAGCCGCCAUGGUCUCGUAUUGAUCUUCAACGAGACGCGGCUCCAGUUCCUGGUAUGGGACCCCGUCACCGGCCACCAGCACUGCAUAGCCAUUCCCCGGGAAUUCGAUCGGAUCAAGGCAGGGAUCAGCGGGGCGGUCCUCCGCUCUGCUGCUCGAGACAUCCACUUCAAGGUUGUCUUGGCAGUGGCAAACGACGACAACACGGUGCUCGCCUCCGUUUACUCGUCAGAGACCAGGGUGUGGGGUAAUCUCAUCACAUCGAUUCCAUUCUGGAAAUUCUUUCGUCCCAAGGUUUGUACGCAGCCUGCUGUACUGGUUGGGGAUUCCCUUUACUGGAUACUUAGAGGUGGUUCAGAAUGUAUCCUUGAGUUUGAUUUGCAGAGUGAGAGCCUAGCCUUUAUACAGAUGCCAGUGGAUAGGAUUAAUGUACCCUGCUACACACCGAUGAGGGCAGAUGACGGUGAGCUGGGUUUACUCUCCCUGACCUUCACCACCGCCCAAUUAUGGAAGAGGAAGAUCGAUUGUGAUGGUACUGCACCAUGGGGGGUGGCAAGAACUAUUGAGCUGGACAAGCUACUUUCUCUGGAUUCAGGGGAGCCUACAUGGAUACAAGGGUUUGCCGAGGACAAGAAUUUGGUGUCCCUGUGUGCGGGUAACAGCAACUUCACGGUCCAGCUCGAGUCUUUGGAGUUCAAGAAACCUUCUAACCCCAGAAUGGAUCGCUAUUUUCCAUUUGAAAGUGUCUAUGCUGCAGGUAUCUAGAGUUGUAUUCUGGUCGCUGAGAUGCAGGAGUGGGCUUGAAGCUACGUGUUCCAUUGUUUAAUGUGCCAACUUCCCUCUAUUAACUUGUCUCCAAUUAGCCAACUGGGAUGAUGAAGAUAUAUUGACUAGCUUCUGUUAAGUACUACUUUCCUUGUGGUUCGUUUGGCAUGUGGUUUCCAAGCUUGCCUGACUGAUGAUCUUUGCUUACUUUUUUGUGUGUGCUUAUGUGCAUCUUUUCACUUUUCCAUUUGUUCUCUUCUUGCUGCAAUAAACGGUAAGCACUUAAUUUUUCCA